AAUCAUGAUCCCUCCGCCCAAACUCAAUUCCACACGCCGCCAAAGCCAAUCUGAAUAAUCAACCCCCAAGCUCCCAAGAUUCCGACCGGACCGGCAGUCAACAAACCAAGAUCCCGCCACCGAAAUGAUGCACCGUCCCUCCCGAUGAACACAUUCCUCCGACCCAUCAUGACAUCAUGACAUCACCACCACGCAGACCAACUCAUCCAGACACAUCCAGAUUUAUAACCCCUUCUCCAACCACCAUCAACCCAUUACUCACCCAUUUCCCAGAAAUAAAAUGCCUCGAAUCUCCCCAUCCCUAAGCAGACAAUUCAUCCAGACUUCAUUCCCUACCACAUUCCAAACCCGUAUCCCUCGAAUUGCCGGACUCACAGCUUCUCUCUACCCUCGCUUCAAUACCACAACCACGAAAGCAACCGGCUACCGCGCGUACAGCACAAACAAAUACACGAGCGGCAACAUGACGACGCAACCGCCCAAGAACGAGAUGGUGUAUUUCCCCGGCGUGAUGUCGCCGGGCCGCAAGUUCGGCGUGUUCCGGAAGGUGCUGCACACGGGGCUGUACUCGCAGUUCGUGGCCAUGGAGGUGCCAGUUAAUGGGGAGAUUGGGGAUGAGGUGCAUACGGUCGACCAGACUUUGAUCUUUACGCACGGGAAGGGCAAGGCGAUUGUUGCUGGCAAGGAGCAGGAGGUCAAGCAGGGUGAUGUGGUCAUUGUGCCGGCUGGCACGCAGCAUCAGUUCCUCAAUGCGGGAGAUACCCCGUUGGAGCUGGUGACUAUCUAUGCCCCUGCUGAGCAUGACCCCCGCACUGUGCAUCAGACGAAGGAGGAAGGCGAUGCGCAAGAGGAGGCCGGCGAGGAUGAGGCGCCUGAGUGGAGCCAGCGGAGUAAGAGUGAGAAUGAGAAGAUUGGAUUGGUGAAGGUACCACAGUAGUGGGAUUUGUGCUAAGGCAGAACAUUCUCAUUGUAUUAUAUAUGAGGUAAUCAGAGUUUCAGACAAACAAAUCAACUUGAAUGUCACCCAA